GGACUCGGUUGGACACAUAGAUUCUGACCUCAUAGUCGAGCAAAAGCCAGUUAGUCUCGGAUUUGUCGGAACGAACAUCCUGGUAAGCUGUAAGGAUCAGCACCACGAUGCAGGUUAACCCAAAUUUACUAAGCGAUGCGUUGUAACUUCGCAGACUAACCUUCGUCGAUUUUGGGAUCGGAUAGGUCGGCCAUCGGGUAUAAUCAGGCGCGAUAAAUCGAAUACAAAAUUUUGCAGAAGGAAGGAGGGGAAGAGAACAGGUCAAUGCGAUAAGCUGGGAACUGAAGUACUGAUGCGCCGAGAUGGUGGCUUCCUUCUUAGGAGAUGGCUUGAAAGUCGAAGCACUCACGAAACCACUCGGUUUGAAGUCUUUGUUACAUUUCCAUCAGCCCUGUAAACAUGCAGUUUACAACGAGGUUCAACUAUUAUAGGUUGACGUCGCUACUUUGUACACCUUCACACCACGCACAGUCUAGGCUUCACAAAAGCUCGCUCUAUAGAUACUAUUCCACUACCAAUGAACCAAAGAAAAGGGACUGGAGACUGGCCGGACACCCUGCGCCUCUGUCCUUGGCGGAAGAUGCAGAAGGAGAAACCCUCGAUUUGAGUGAAGAUGAACCACCCCCGAGGCGACGGAAGCGCGCGCCGGUGGAAGACACACCAGAGGAAUGGAAGCGCCACCGUCUUGCCAUCAAGGAGGCUUUUCCUCAGGGGUGGUCCCCUCCACGAAAAUUAUCUCGCGAAGCCAUGGACGGUUUGCGUGCCAUGCAUACCUAUGACAAGCGUACGUUUUCGACGCCGGUGCUUGCUGAGAAGUUCAAGAUUAGCCCAGAGGCUGUCCGCCGCAUCUUGCGGAGCAAGUGGGAGCCGUCGAGAGAGCAACGAGCGAGAUUUGCGGAACGGGAGCGACGGUCGAGGGAGGAACGAAAGAUGCAGAGUAGACUUGAAGAGAAGAAGCAGAACAUGGAGCUGAUUUCUGAGACUGCGAUGUCAGGGGGGCCUAAUCGAAGAGAUGAGCGGCCAAAAGGGAUUAAUUCGAAGGACAGGUUAUACUUUGGUUAACAAAAUUACUGGGAUCGGCGGAUUGGCAUUGCUCAAUAUGUGCACGCCGCCUGCACGCUUAUCUCAUCGAUCAGAGGACCAUGCAACAUGCCCGACGUGUAAAAAUAAAUGGAGCAUCGUAGCGCUACAUGGGAAUUGUCAUACAUGCAUAUUACCUUUAUCUAACCUAGAUUAUUAAGUCACAUACGUCUAGAUAUCUAGCAAACGAGAGGUUGGGGAAGGGAGCGACGAUGGGUAACAAACUACGUUAUAGGCAUAGUAUCGGAGCCGGUACAGUGUUUGAAAUGAAGUA